AUGGUACUGCCCAAGGCAGGGGCAUUCCUUUGGACAACAUUGCAUGGUCGAAUUCUAACAGGUGAAAGGCUGAAACUUAUUAGAAUUGCAAGGCCAAAUGUAUGUUUACUAUGCAAGGAAAAUGAAGAGACUGUGGAGCAUCUCUUGUUCUGGUGUUCAUACACAAAAAAAGUUUGGGAUUGGUUAUUGAAUAAUUUGCAGUAUGAAUCGGUAAGAAGCCAAUCACUAAAAGGUUUCUUAUUGGCUUGGCCUGCCUGUUAUAAGAAAUCAAAAUGGAGCAUCUUGUGGGUGGUUAGUUCGGCCAUGCUUGUAUGGCAUAUUUGGAAGGAGAGAAAUCGAAGAGUCUUCAAUGAGGAAGCCUUAUCUUUAGAUCUACUAAUUCCUAAAAUCAAAACUACCAUCGGAGAAGUCAUUAACGUCAAAGUAGUGGGAAGGAAGUAUUGUGCUUAUUCUUCCUGGGACAAAGAAAUGGAAAGGCUAUGGAAUUUGACGAAGAUAAGUAGUUAUAAGUUUGCCGAUAAGAAGCAGAACAGAGCAAGUACAGUUUGGAUUCCUCCUAUAGCGGGAAGCUUGAAGGUUAAUUUUGACGGGGCCAGCUGCGACAAUCUUGGCAAAUCGGGUUAUGGCACCAUUAUUAGGGAUGAAUUUGGCAAUUUUGUCGGAGCAAACUUCGGUCCCUUAGGAAUCACUUCAAACAAUAUGGCAUAA